AAAAAACCCACUGAUUUUAUUUAUUUAUUGAUACAAGAAAUCUAUUUCCAUUGCUCUUUCUUUCUUCAGACAUCACCUUCGCAGAAAGUCGCAUAAUCAGAAGCUGCUGCCAGAAAUUGUUGAGCACUGAGGAAGGAAAAAAAGAAAAAGCCAAGAAAAUGUUGAGUUGUGACCUCCCAGAAGAUUUGGUAGUGGAAAUCCUAUCAUCGUUGCCAGUGAAAUCCUUGAUGCGAUUCAAGUGCAUAUGCAAAUCCUGGCAUGCUCUUAUAAGAAACCAUUCUUUUAUCACCCAGCACCACAAAUGGGCCACUUCUAACAAUCAAGGGUGUGGUGUUGUCUUUAAGUAUUUGUCUCGCCAGAGACACACAUGUGUCUCAUUGCUUUCUGAUGAUACUCUAGAGGUUUCCAGCAAUAUCGAUAUAUCGCCAUUCUUCCCAAAGGAGAUUGACAUGCUAGUAAUUGAUGGUCCAUGCAAUGGAAUAUUUUUUCUGUAUGGUAUUUCCUCGGAGCGUUACUAUGGUGAGGAAAUAGUCUUGUGGAACCCUGCCACAAGAGAGUCAAAGGUGCUUCCCAUAAUAAAGCAACGUCCACAAUAUAGCUCCCCUUAUGUAACCUUCAAUUUUGGCUUUGGAAUUGAUCCCAAGAAGAAUGAUUUGAAGGUGGUGAGGAUUGUGGACUUUUGGCAGCGCAAGCCACUCCAAUUUGAGGUAUACAACCUUAGUACUGAUUCUUGGAGGGUAAUUGAUGGACCUGUUAACCAACUUUAUGGCUUUGAUUUUGCCAAGUUUCCAUCAUACCUAAAUGGAUUUUAUCAUUGGAAGGCUAGCAGGUUCAUGAUUUCGUUUGACAUGAGUAAUGAGGUUUUUCAAGAAACGCCACUUCCUCCCAUAAUUGAAGAUCCUUUCUCAACCAAUGCAAUUGCUAUUAUCAAUGAUUCUGUAUCCUUGAUUGUACAAUAUUUUGAUGUGGAUAUCAGCUGGUAUGAUGUAUGGGUUAUGAGUGAAACUGGUGUUGAAAGGACUUGGACAAAGAAAUUCAAGAUCAGCCCCCAUCCCGAUUUUGAUAGAAUGUUGGAAUUUAGGGAGGAUGGGUUGGUUCUUUUUCAAUAUAGCGAUGGUUGGCUGGUAGUGUACGACCGCAAAACACAAGAAGUAAGGAAUAUUGCAAAAUAUGAGAUCAGUGACCUUAGUCACUCUUUCGCUGUUAGUUACACAGAGACGCUAGUUUUUUUAAACGAGGGGAAUGUUAUUGAGUAACAAAAGUACAAAACAGUUCAUAAUAUGGCUAUGGAGAAUAUUUCAGGCCAUUGAGGUGAGUGCAUAGCCUGAUGGCCCUGUAUUGUGUGUGCUUUUGGUAUGGUAUUUUUUGUUUUUGUUUUUACGCUUA